AACUUUUUGCAAGCAAUAACGCAAAAUGACAUCGGGGAUGGCAUUGGAUACGAGUUUGUCAGAAUUAAUCAAUAAUGGAAGCGCAAUGAUAUACAAUGAAACAACGACAGUAUUGCCAUUAUCGUUUACGUCAACUCCUUUACCGAUUUCAACUUCACAGUAUUCUCAAGCAAGAUGGAUUGUUGGGGAAGUGGUUCUUCUACUCAUCACUCUGUUGACAGUUUACGUUUUUGUCGCUCUCGUUUAUUAUAGUUGGAGAUUCCGCAACAUGGCGCGCGUGAGUGGAUGUGGACAAGAACGACGAGAGAGAUAUUUGCACUAUUCGUGUGCUGCAGUGAUGCUGAUGGCAAUUGCAAGAUGUGUGCUACAUCAAAUAGUUGUAUUUCUACCAAAAGGCCCAGGAGAGCUUUUAACCGCGUGUAGAACAUUAAUGGUAGCUGGGAAAAGUGUGUACAACGUUGCAAUCUGCCUGACAUAUGUGCAUUUGUGGCUCAGACAGCGUAUGUUCUACACCAAACCCGAAUUGAAACAUUUGCGCACAAAAGUAGUUGAAAUCUUUGAUUGGGUUGUCCUCGUUAUUAUCAUACUCACGUCGGCAGUUGUUGCAUUUCUUACCUUCAUACCGUUAGAUGGCGAAACGGCCAAGAUAACGUACCAUCGGGAAAAAUGCAGUGUAUUUGAGUACAAUUCUAGAGUAGCUAUGUAUUUUUAUGCGGGACUUUCGUGUCUAUACCAACUAUCUUUGAUAGCUUUAUAUGUCUAUCCAAUCCUUAUGCAAAUUAUUCAUCAGAAGAAAGAAAAACCUGGUUCAACGAAGGGGAAUUCAAACACAGGCGUUGCAGCUUAUCCUGCACUAUGGUCUGGUAUUCGUAGAAGUUUUAUAUUGACCGUGGCUAUCAUCGUCACUGACGCAAUAACUGGAAGUCUCGUUUGGAUUUUGACCAAGAAAUAUAUUGAACUUUUGUCAUCUAUUAUUGCACUUAAUGACAUUAACCUCACCGUAAAUAUCAUCUGCGCACUUUGCACUUUUCGAAAUUGGAGAAAAAUCGUUUUUGGAUUUCCAGUUUGUAGGAGAAUGGGAUGGCAUCGUGACGAAUUUCAGCGUUCAUCAAGGAAAUCCACCCCCUCACACUUGAUGGGGUUGGAGUGUGAAGAUGAAGUAGAUUAUGACGCUUUAAAAGUUAAACGAAAUUCUGACGUCACAGAACAUGGAGCCACUCCUAAAAUGAACUCUGUUUAAACAUAAAAUUUUGUAUUAGGUUCUGCGUACAAAGAGUACACACACGUUCAUGUCAGAAACGAUAAAGAUGGCACACGGGUAGAAUGCCAUGCGCUUUUCACAACCCUGCAGGUGUUUUGUUGAAUUCACGGCAUCGUUUUCAGUUUGUAUGUCGCCAGAAUAUUUGACAAUGUAUUGGCAUGCAUUUAAAUCCAUUGCUAAAGCUAUAUAAAAUGGUCUGGCGAGCAUUUCACUUUAGGCAUCAAAAUAUCCUCGUUCUGAACGACACAAAGUGUGAAACACCAUAUGUAGCUUCUUGACCACCUCUUGCGAAUAUUUUUCUGCACUUAAACAUUGUUUAAAAAGAUAAAACUGCAUCACAAUACAUUUAUGUACAUAGUUGUAUAUGCUUUUUUUCUCAUUUUGUAUCACGUUUGCAAAAAAUUGGAAUCCUAAUGAAUUGAUUGAUGAACUUCAGUACUUUAAUUUUAAACUUUGAAAUUUGCAUCUGUAUCGUGUGGUCUGAGACAUUCAUCCAAUAUUGCAUAGAGAUAUACAUAGAUAUGUUUUUCAUAACACUGCCAUAAAAACUAUGUAACUUU